UUGGCAGGUUUUAUUUUGUAUGAUGAAGGAAUAGGCUGAUAUUCACCGGAUUUUCUGUGUCAUCUGUAGCUCCUGCUUUUAAGUGACAUGAAACCCUGGUACUCAGCUGUGCCACAUGUUCUGCCAGAAACAGGAGCUCAGUCCCUACUUGUGCUUUUCGGCCCUGAAUCUCUCAGGAUAAGACACUCAUAAUAACUCUGUGUUGAGCUGCUGCCGGGGGAGCCGGGCAGGGCUGCUCAGCCUCUCCCCAUCCCCGGCCGUGCGUAAUUCCCGGCAGCGGGAGGGAUUCAUUCAUUCAUUCAUUCAGCUCCUCGCUGCUCGGCUUUCCUCCGCCCCUUGUGCUGCGCUCGGUGACGCGGCCCCAGGUAGAUGAGGAUUCGCAUCCCCCGGGACGGGGCUUGGCCUGAUUAGCAACCCAGAUGCUCCAAAUUGGGGCGGCUGGGUUCAGCCACAAUCGCUGCUGUUCACCCAAAUAUCUCUGCACACCGGGAGCUGGAAAUGCAGCGCUGAGCUGGCUGCAGCAGCCUGGAAGAGAGAGGGGGAUGAGAGGGGGAAGCUGGAGUGUUAUGAAACCAAUAGGAAAAAGGGGAGAAGGUGUAGCUGAAAUGCUGUGGAUCCAGGAGCUGAGCAUCCCUGCUUUGAUGAUCCUGCUCCCGAGAUGAAUCACGGAGCCAUUUAUAGCUGGAAAAAUACUCGUGUCGUUGGGAUUUGUUCCUUUCCAGGCUGUUCCGUUCCCAAGCAGUCGGGGAGGAAGCUCUGGGGAUGGGUGGGUGCUGCGCUGAGGGGGACAGACCCCGUGCUCAGCGUCCUUGGGCAGGUCCCAAUUCCCGUGAGCUCCUCCUCAUCGCAGCGUUUCGCUGGCCGGAGGGAGCCCGUGCGGGGCGAGGGCUCCGGGGCCGAGGGAUGCCCCUGGUCGGGGCUGCAUCCCCGAGCAGCCUCAGCCGCCGCGCCCGCUCGGUGCCGCCGUCCCGGGCGUUGUCCUUGAGCACCGCGGCCCCGGAGCCGGAUCGCCGCCCUCCCUUCGCAUCCAUGCCCGCGUCCCUCGGCACCAGCGGUAAAAAUAAACCCAGCGAGGAGCCCGGGCCUGGCCGGUGCCCAAGCUGCAUCCGCAGGACGCAGACUUGGAUCAUGAAUAUAAGUGAAGACUUUGACGUCAGAGUUGAGAUUUAUCAGCAGAUCCAAUGGGGCAGGAAUAUUAAGUGCAAGUGAUGCCAGCUCUCUGCCAACGCUAUUAGCGAUGCUCGCCGAGGAAUGAGGCUUCGCACCGAGGGCUGGAAGGACCGGCGAGGAAAAAAAAAAUAAAAAAAAACGGGGUGGGGGGAGCGAGCCGAUCCUCGAGCAUUAAAACCAGCGAUGCUGCACGGCCCCGCCGCCAUGGGGGAGCCGUGGCCGCCGCAGCCGCAGCAGCAGCAGCAGCGGCUCCCGGGGCUCGGCAACGCCUCGGAGCCCCCAGCCUGGCCCUCGGCGGCGGCGGCCGGGCCGGGCACGGCGGCGCCGGGCGGCGGGGCCGCGGCCGCGGGCUCCGUGAGCCCCUGGGACAUCGCGCUGUGCGCCACGGGCACGGCGGUGGCGGGCGAGAACGCGCUGGUGCUGGCCGUGCUGUUCUACACGCCGAGCCUGCGGGCGCCCAUGUUCCUGCUGAUCGGCAGCCUGGCGCUGGCCGACCUGCUGGCCGGGCUGGGGCUGGUGGCCAACUUCGCCGUGCGCUACCUGCUGCGGCCGCCCAGCGAGGCGGCGGAGCUGGCGGCGGCGGGGCUGCUGCUCGCCGCCUUCUCCGCCUCCGUCUGCAGCCUGCUGGCCAUCACCGUGGACCGCUACCUGUCGCUGUACAACGCGCUCACCUACCACAGCGAGCGCACGCUGGGCUUCACCUGCGCCAUGGUGCUGCUGAUGUGGCUGCUGUGCCUGGGCGUGGGGCUGCUGCCCCUCCUGGGCUGGAACUGCCUGCGGGACCAGAGCUCCUGCAGCAUCCUGCGGCCCGUCACCAAGGACAACGCGGCCGUGCUGGCCGUCACCUUCCUGCUGCUCUUCGCGCUCAUGAUGCAGCUGUACCUGCAGAUCUGCAAGAUCGCCUUCCGGCACGCCCAGCAGAUCGCCGUGCAGCACCAGUUCAUCGCCACGGCGCAGGCCACCUCCACCCGCAAAGGGCUCUCCACGCUCUCGCUCAUCCUCGGCACCUUCGCGCUCUGCUGGAUCCCCUUCGCCAUCUACUCGCUGGUGGCCGAUUCCAGCUACCCCGCGGUGUACACCUACUCCUUGGCGCUGCCCGCCACCUGCAACUCGCUCAUCAACCCCAUCAUUUACGCCUUCCGAAACCCGGACAUCCAGAAGUCGCUGUGGCUGGCCUGCUGCGGGUGCAUCCCCUCCACGUUCUCCUCCAGACCAAGGACAUCCAGCGACGUGUGAGGACUGAGCACGCAGCCAGAGGCGCUCCCUGGCUCUCCUGCUCCUUCUCUUUUUCCCCUCUGUCGUUAUUGUCUCCUACCGGGAGGAGUCACCUCCCCGGUCAGCACAUCUCGUUCCAUGGAAAGACGGCCAAAAAGAGAAAAGAGGGAAAAAAAAAAAAAAAAAAAAAGCAGCAAAAGAGAAAAGAAAAGAGAGAGAGUAGAAUGAUAGAAUGAUAAUGGUUUCCUUUAGAAAUGUUAUUUUCUUACACAUUUUAUUUUUUAUUUAAAAACACAAAACACCAAAAAAAAAAAAAAAAAAAAGAAAGGAAAAAAAAGAGAAAAAGCAAAGAAAAA